AUGACCUCGCCGCUGUCAGCUUUCCGUAUCUCGGGUGGAAGAACCUUCGAGGAGGCCAAGGAGGUCGAGAUCGUGGACCAGCUCGUGCUGCCACACACGGUCCAGUGGGAGACCGUCAACACGAUCGAAGGCGCUUUCGCAGCGAUCAAGUCGAUGAAGGUCCGUUCAGCUUCCUAUCCCCCCGUCGAUGAACUGACGCAGUGUUCGGUUGACUCUCUAGUGUGAGACAGAUCAUGCUGAACAUCACUUCCCACCGAACCGUCUCCCCACAGAUUCGAGGGGCCCCCGCAAUCGCCUCGCUUGCUUCGCUAGGCAUCGCUUCCGAGCUCUCCACGCUGCUUUCCGGCUCAUCGUCGCCGGCGUUCCCCGUCUCGUCACUCGAAUCUACCCCGAAACUGCUCGAAUUCUUGCUCCAACAGACCGCCUACCUGUUGACGUCCCGGCCGACAGCAGUCAACCUCUUGGAAGCGCUCAACCGUAUCGAAGCCGUGGCCAAUUCGACCGUGGCCGAAGCAGGAGCGACCGCCGAGCAGCUGGCCAAAGCCGUCAUCAAGGUCGCGAUCGAAGUGUUUGAGGAGGACAAGGAGCGAUGUCAACGCAUUGGAGAUAACGGAGCCGAUUGGAUCCUCAACAAGCUAGAGGGCGAGGGGUCCAUCGAAAAAGGCGAAAAAAUUGCAGUGCUGACGGUCUGUCUCAAGCACAGUCCGCGGGAACCAUCAUGGACGUGUAGAAUGCUGAUCUAGCCAUCGGCAUACGUACACACAGGUUUGCAACACUGGCUCAUUGGCAACUUCCGUUCGUUUCGUCCUCUCCAUGACGCGUCGCACUCUGCCUUCCCCGAGACUGACCUCGGUGACUGUCGACAGGGCUACGGCACGGCAUUGGGUGUUAUCGCUUCGUUGGCCGCCAAGGGACGGCUAUUGCAUGCCUACUUUGCUCAAACAGGUCCUUAUCAACAAGGAGCCCGCUUGACCUCGCUCGAACUCGCAAGUCUGGGUGUUGAGAACACCAUGGUGUGCGAUACCGCGAUCGGCGCCUUGAUCGCAGAAAAAAGGAUCCACCUCUUCGUCGCAGGUGCGGAUCGGUCAGUCUAUCGCUCCUCAGACUUCAUCUCGACCCGGCACACUUAUCUGAUCAUGCUUCGCAUCAAUUCUUACAGAAUCGCUGCAAAUGGUGAUACGGCCAACAAGAUCUCCACGUACCAGAUCUCUCACCUUUGCUCCUCCCCUCACCCAUUCUCGCCCAACCCGCCCGUUCCCGUGCUCGUGGCGGCCCCCGUAGCCACCUUGGAUCUAGCGAUGGAGUCCGGACGGUCGAUCGUCAUCGAGCAACGACCGUCGUGGGAAGCGUGCACUGUUCGUGGACGAGUCGUUGACGUCGCUCAGAUGGCAAAGUCGAACGGUACGGUUCCGCAAGAACAAGAGAUCGAGGUCGCGACGGUUCUCAUCACCCCGCCAGGCACACGAGCAUGGAACCCUGCUUUCGACGUCACACCCGCGGGCUUGAUCAGUGGUAUCGUUACCGAAUUCGGCGUUGCGCAUCCGUCAGGGAAGGACGGUCACUAUGACCUCCAGAAGUUUGUGUCUGCCAACCGCAAGUAG